AUGGCGCACGUUCUGGAGGGGGAAGACCCUACGGUGAACAUACCAACAACUGAAACACUCAACAAAACGCCGACACAAGAUCAUCAAGACAAUUCUCACACCGAGAUUGAGGCGUUGGAGCAAGAUGAUUAUAUUGAAGAUGUCGUAAGCGAUUACGACUACGGAGGAUCUCAGUACAAAUCUGAUGAACAAGAUGAGUAUGAGUACGAGAACGAGUGGGUAGAUGAGGAAGAAGAUGAUGAACACACCAAAGAUGAGGAUCACAUCGUCUACUUCGGCGCCAUGAACCUAGCUCCUCCCGAGUACACUGAGAUCCCCGACUCUGAAUCCAGCACGAGCGACGACAGUGCUGACGAUCCUGGCCCAGCAAUUGAGGGCUUGUCAGCGCCCUAUCGAGUACAAGCAGUACAAGCCAACUGCGACACCAAAGAUUGGGACUCAGACUUCAGCAAACAAGAACAAAAUGCGUAUCAUCUUGACUUACAGCAGGCCAACAAUAUGGACAAAAGGACCAAGUUCGUGCUGAGCAUGAACGUCCAGCGCCGACUUGAACAGUCAGAAGUGCUUCAAAGCCUGCAUGAGGAGAUGCUCAAUGAGCUCAACACCUUGCAAUCAGAACUAACUAUGACGUACCGUGCUCAAGCUACGCUAUGCCGUGAAUGGCAUUGCCAGCUUUGCAUGAAUGAGGUCCGAACCAAGCACAUACAAGAGGUCUUCGAAGAAACCGAAAACCUCCGGGAGCAACUGUAUGUUGAGCAAGCCGAGAAGUACAGGCUGAAUAGGACUCACCGUGCUACCUGGCGAGUGUUCGAGUGUCGCGGAAGUACCAUAGGGUAUCUGCAAGGAAGACUCGGACACAUGAUAGAUGAGCAUGCCAUUGAUAUGGCAGAAAAGCAGCGCUUUAUCGAGUGGCUACAUACCGACUUGUGGGAUACAGCCCACAUGCUCACUCGUUAA